GGGCCGGGCCUAUUGAUGCAGCCGGCGGCAGCCGCCCGCCCGGCCGCGGACACCGCGCUCAGCGGGGUCACGCUAAGCCUUGCCCGGCUGGGCCCUGCCCUGCCCGCCGCCCUCGGCCCUGCCCGGCUGGGCCCUGCCCUGCCCGCCGCCCUCGGCCCGGCCGCCAGUGGCUGCGCGCGCCUCUCCCCUUCCUCCUCCUCCUCCUCCUCCUCCUCCUCCUCCCCCUCCUGGCGGCCGCUGCCCCCAGCAGGGAUGGAGGCCAUCGAGGAGCUAGCGCUCGAGCCCUGCACCUCCUCCCUCUAUCUACGGCCUUUCCGCCUCUGUUACCGGCAGAAUGGCACUAAGAAGUUCUGGGAUUUUAUGAGGACACAUGACAGUGUGUCAAUCCUGAUCUUUAAUACUUCUCGGCAGUGCUUUGUUGUGGUGAAGCAGUUCCGCCCAGCUGUUUACAUGUGUGAAGUAGAAAGGCAUCAUCCUCAAAUCUUUCAGCAUCAGGACAAGGAGACCCUCUCUUGUCUAGAGGACCCCUUACCUGCUGUGGUAGGAGUGACCUAUGAACUCUGCGCUGGCAUUGUAGACAAACCAGACCUUUCCUUAGAAGAAAUUGCGUGUGGGGAAGUCUUAGAAGAGUGUGGCUAUCAUGUUGCCGUUACAGACCUAAGGAGGAUCACUUCUUACAGGUCUGGAGUUGGUGUGACAGGUUCUAGGCAGACGUUAUUUUAUGCAGAAGUAACAGACCAGAUGAGAGCUGGGGAAGGAGGUGGCCAGCCUGAAGAAGGAGAGCUGAUUGAAGUUGUCGAAAUACCUUUAGAAGACUCUAUGAGGUUUGCUUAUGAUGAGACUCUCCCAAAGACGAUGGGUGUCAUCUUCAGCUUCAUGUGGUUCCAUAACAACAUAGCACCCAAGCUCCCAAAAAAUAAAAUCAAAACACCAUGAUUUUAAGAAAAGCUUUCCUGCUGGUUCUGUGGAUACAGAAAACUGUCUGGCUCAACCUACUCAUCACAGAGCAAAUCUUUCUCAAAAUAAAUUUGGAAGUAAAAUCUGAAUUAAAAUCCUGACCCAAUUUCCAUCAUUGGCAAAACACUUACUGGCUUCACUGGGGCCAGGAUUUGCCUCUGAGAAGCGAACGUUGAUUUUCACACAAAGGCUAAUUAAAUGUGUCCAGUUCUCCUCUUUCAUGGCACUGCUCUACCACUGUUUUGAAGAGUUGCUCAGGACCUCAGUGCAGCUGCUGUACCAGCCUGUCACUGUGGUCUGUGCCUACUGGCAGCUGUGUAUUCACUGUAGUUGCUGAUAUUUCUGGGGGGAGGCAGCCAACCUUAACAGACACAGAUAUCCUCACUACGUUCCUGAGUUCUGACAGCUCUCAGGGAGCAGCUUUCUCUGUGGUGGGUAGCUCCUGAACAGGGAAAACGUUUGCAUUUCUGAACACGCAAACCUUUAUUUCAUGAGCAAACAUGUCUGUAAUCCUUCUGCUAAUGUGUCAUUUUGACAAUAGACCAGCUGUAAGAUUAUGUGCUUCUGUUUGUUCCCACUAUAAUGCUGAGCAGCCGUGAUGGAAGGAUGAAUUAUGGGGCUUCUACUGGAACACAUGCUGCUUUGUUUGUUUUAUGGGUAAUACUUGAUUAAUUAGAUCAAACUUUGUCCUCUAGAGCGGGACUUGAGAGGCCAAAUUCUUUUAAUUUGACUCUGAGGUGACUAAUACAAGUGAUUUCUGUGAGGUGUUCUGUGGUAUCCAUUUCCCUAUCGCCUAAACGGGGAGAAUGGGACUUACCCCUCUGAUAACACUCCUGGAAAUCUAAUGAUCGGAAGUGCUUUAUUGAGAGACUUCUAUCAUGAUUUGUGCAGUUUACAUUGAAGCCUGUACAACUUACGCAGAUGUACUGAGCACACAGUUUGAUUUAAUAAAGUGGUCUAAUUAGAACGUAUAUUAUUUGUUCUGUCAGCGCAGUUUAGAUGUGGACUAUUUGUCACGUGAAACUAUUAAGAGCAUGAAUGAAAGAGAAUUGAGUCUGGCAAUUUAAUUAUGCAGCGGUUUAUGUUAUUCACUGAGUUAAUGUUAAUUAACAUGGCUACAUUAUAUGUGCUUCUAGGAUUACUGAGGUUCUCAGUAUGUUCAGAAGAUGAGUACUUGGAAUAUGCAAACUUUCACAGAACAGCUGGAGUAAAAGCAGCACAGAUGCCUGAUGAUAUCCAGUGGCUGAUUUAAAAUCACUGCGCGUCUAAAUAGGUGUAUAAGUAAAUAAUUUAAAAAAAAAUGCUUUUAGCUCUGGUACUUGCUGGUUCUUCUGCUGACAGGGAGGAAAGGUCCUUGGAAAGCCACUGGAGAAAGAGCAGCCUUAGUCUGCAGGAGUCAGACACCUUUCGUGAAAGUUCAGACACAUUUGCAUUGAACUGUGCCUGGUCUGUGUUGAGUCAAGGGCUGAGUUAUCUUGAAAAGUAAAUAAAUUCUGUCUGUCUGAUGUAUUUACAUAAAAAGGUGUUUUAGGGUGGGGUCUCUGCUGCUCUGCAUCUUUACAGUGUCAAAUACAAUGUGUCCCGACUGCUGCUGAGGCCUUUAUGAACCACUACUGUAGGUAUAAUAAAUAAUGACUUUUAUUCCA